AUGGCUUCUGUGGAUGACAGUUCUAAUACCAGUGACAGUGACAGUGAGAGUAUUGAAGACAGUGAAACCACAGAUAGUUUCUCAUCAUUUGAUGAAUCAGAAGAUGACAUUAAAGAUUAUAGUAACAUUUCAGAUGGAAAGACUCAUGGAGAAUUGCCAAGUUCACUUGAAGCUGACAAAGAAAAUCUGAAAGAAAGUGAUUCUGGUAGCCAAGAAUUACAAACCAAAGGAUUAACAGAAUGUAAAGAAUUUCUGAGGAAAUUGUCCAUCUUUAUUUGGAAUAGUCUCGCAAAAUCUGAGCAUGUCAGCUUACUUAAAGAUUUUAUUGAGUCUGAAUUUUUUUUGAUUGAUGGAGAUUCAUUAUUUAUCACUUGUAUGUGGAAUAAGACAUUAAAGAAAGGACAAAAUCUUCACUUCUUCUAUAUAGUGGAACAGUUUCUGCACAAUUUCAACCAAAAGGAUGCCAGAUAUGUCAUAGUUUUCUUUAAGGAUGUAGAAAAUAUAUUUUUUUAUCAUCCUGAACUGCUCAGUCUCCGCACUGCAUUGAUACAGCAUCUAGAACACAACACGGAAGUUCCCAUUCAUACUGAAUUUUCCAGUUGCCUGUCUCCAGAAUGGGAGAAUUUUCUUAAAGAAAGUUACCCGUACUUCCUAAUUGUCUCGGAUGAAGGAAUAACAAGUCGUCAAACUGAUUAUUUAAACAUAUUUAUACUUCAUGCUCUUCAGAAGAAAAUCAAUGUGGUCCUCGCUUCAGGACAAGAAACAAAUGUGCUCCGAAUUUUUGGCUAUCAAGUCCAGAGUCUUUAUUCUCACUGGAAAUUUUUUGAACAGGUCCAUCAGACAAUGUCUCUUCUCAGUAAUAUGUGGCCAGAAGGAGCUGAUAUCAGAAGUAUUGUCUGUUCUCUUUCAUGUUCAGUAGUCUUAAAAGCCUACAAAAACAUGAUAGAUGGUGUAGAAACCACUGGGAAACCAAGGGAAGGCAAAGAUGAGAGCACACAGGAUUGUGAUGAAGCCUUAACUCUGCAGGAAGCAGCUGACCUUUGUAGGAUGCUUUGCUUGAGUGUGGCUUUCCUCCAACUCUUGCCACUUUCUCAACGAGUCAAGAGUAGAAUUAUCCAUUGCCACUGGAAAAAGAAACUUUCACCAUUUUUAAGAAUGCUCAAAAGAUGUGAAUUUUUCAUUUUAAAAGAAAUAAAAACUAUAAGUAAAUGGAAAGUGGAUUUUACCUUCCUGCCUGACUUAACGGAUAAUCUAUUGUGGAAAAAUAUUGCAUAUUACUAUGAAGUGGAAAACUGCACAGGGUUGAAUCUUGAAGUUGGUGAUGAACUCAUGGAAAAAUAUGAGAAAAUGUGGAAUACGAUAUUAAACCUGUCAGGAGAUUAUGAUUUUGGAGGAUCUAUUCCUGUGAGAAGAACUUUGCAACAUUUUCUCACACAGAAGGAAAUAUCAUCCACAGUGUGCAAACCUGAGAUUCCUAAAUUGGGACUUAUCCCAUUGACAUCUCAAUUGUUGGAAGAUUAUGCUGGAGACAUUUUGGAAGAUUUACCAUUUUUAAGCAAUGAUGAUCCAUCUAUUAUCACUCUUAGCAAGAAGAAAGAAUUUGAUGAAAGGAAACACUGGCAUUCUAACAGACCUCUCGAUGAUGAUUAUGGAAAUACUAAGUUCAAUAGUAAUGCUAAUUCCAAAGACUCCAAAAAACAAAGGGAAGUACAGAAACUAUAUUACUUUUAUCAUAUUUUUGGAGAAUCUUUGCAUGGAAGACACAAAUCAGUGAGGAUUGUAAACCAAGUGACUGCACCACCACCAACAAAAACUUCUCAACAAAAGAAAAUAAAAUCAAAGAAAAGCAAUGCAGAUAAAAUUAUUGAAGAAAACCUAAAGAGAAAGCAAGCAGAAAUAGAAAAAAAAGAACAGGAUAAAUGGACUGUCAUGUCUGUGAUGAUUGAAAAUGAAAUUAAAGAAAAUGUUAAUAAUGGAAUAAAAAACCUGGAGACUUUUCUCAGGACUUGUGCAAGUGAUUCGAUAAAAUUUCUGGCUGAAAUGGUAGGAAUGGAAGCCUGUUUUAUGUCAUGGAAAGAACAUUGCCUAAGUCGAGAAAAGAAACCCAAGGAUGUCAACAUUGCUAUUCAAUUGAUGAAAAGAGUUCAUAUGAUUCAUGAAAAAUAUCCACAGUUCAUGGAGGAGAAACACCGAAAAAAGUUAGCUAAAUGCCUAAAAUACCUUGGAUUUGACAACUUGGCAGAGUCAUUGUAUUCUCAGAGGGACUUAGUGAACAAUUUGGUCACUGAGGACAUUUCCAAAUAUUCAGUUCAGAUGGGAGCAGCUAGGUUCCAGCUAAGCUAUAUGGGUCAUUAUUUAUUCCGAGAAGAAAGAAGUGACCCAGAUCCUAGAGUGAGUCAUUUUAUACCAGACACAUGGCAGCGGGAGCUUCUAGAUGUUGUUGAUAAUAAUGAAUCAGCUGUGAUUGUUGCUCCAACUUCAUCAGGCAAAACGUAUGUCUCCUAUUACUGCAUGGAAAAAAUCUUGAAAACCAGUGAUGAAGGGGUGGUUGUGUAUGUUUCACCUACAAAGGCUCUUAUAAAUCAAGUGGUGGGGACUGUCUACAGUAUAUUCAAUAAAAGAAGAACCAAAGGAGGUGCCAUAUGUGGUGUUUUCACCCGCGAUUAUCGUCAUGAUGUCAUGAAUUCUCAGAUACUUGUAACUGUGCCUCAGUGUCUAGAAAUCCUUUUGUUAUCUCCUCAUCACCAAAAGUGGGUCAAAAGAAUUAAAUAUGUCAUAUUUGAUGAAGUCCAUUGUCUUGGGGGAGAAAUUGGAGCAGAAGUUUGGGAACAUCUCCUGGUUAUGAUCCGAUGUCCAUUUUUGGCACUUUCUGCUACUAUCAGUAACCCAGAAUAUCUCACAGAGUGGUUAGCUUCAGUUAAAAGAUACUGGCAGAGUUUUGAGAGCAUGACAGCCAAGACUACAUCUUCAAAAAUUACCUUGAAAGGUUCAAAACAAAACUUACGAAAGACUGAGAAGCCAUCAUACAGAGUUAGACUAGUGAUGUAUAAAGAGAGGUACAAUGAUCUGGAAAAGUAUGUGUGUUCUCUAAAGGAUGAUGACUUUCUAAUUAGUCACUAUCAUCCAUGUGCUGCAUUAACAGUUAAUCAUAUAGAGAAAUAUGGAAUCCCUUUAGACCUAGCAUUUUCUCCCAGAGAAAGCAUACAGCUUUAUGAUGCCAUGGUACAAGUUUGGCCAGAAUGGCCUAGAGUACAGGAUUUUGAACCAGAAGAAUUUAGCUAUUUCAAAGAGAAGGUAGUCAUCAUGAAAACAGAUGCAAAAAAAUAUGAGGAAGAAUUGAAGAAGGAAAUAAUAAAUUGGAUUCACUUGGACAGAGACAAGGUGGAUCAGUUAUUAAACUAUCUCAAGCCUGAGACCUUUGACAAUGCAGAAGGAAAAAAGAGGGCGAAUUUUGCAGGCUUAGUUGAGAAACUAAAAGAAAUGGAUAAGCUCGCUGCAAUAUUUUUUUUUUAUAAUAAAAAAAGUUCAAUGAUUAACUGUAUGGCUGAAAUGGAGGAAAUAAAAAGAAAAAUUAGGAAGCUUACUGAAAUUCCUGCUGAAUAUUCUUAUGCAAAUCCUAAUUCAGUGGAUCAUCAGACUCUAUGGAAGAUAUUACAUAGACUUAGAAAUGGAAGAAAUGCAUUUGCUCUGAAAGCACUGGCUGCUCGGGGAAUUGGAUAUCAUCAUAGUUCAAUGCAAUAUAAAGAAAGACAAGUUGUAGAGAUGCUUUUCAGAAUGGGAUAUAUUAAGGUGGUAACAGCUACUGGAUCACUUGCCCUGGGAAUAAACAUGCCUUGUAAAUCCGUUAUCUUCACAGAAGAUUCUGUCUUUCUAGAUGCCUUGAAUUUUAGACAGAUGUCCGGACGAGCCGGAAGACGUGGUGAGGACCUUAUAGGAAAUGUGUUCUUCUAUGAUAUUCCAUUGCCCAAAGUUCAAAGGCUUCUAAAAUCCAAUGUUCCAAAAUUAAGAGGCCAAUUCCCUCUGAGCAUUUCUCUGGUCUUGAGACUCAUGCUUUUAGUGAUGAAAGGCGAUGAUAAGGAGGAUGCUAAAGCAAAGGUGUUAUCUGUACUGCAACAUUCAAUGAUGACCUUUGAUCAACCAGAAAUGAAACACAUGUUGAAAGUGUACUUCAUUUUUUCUUUGCAGUUUCUGGCUAGAGAGGGCUAUCUGGAUCAAGAAUGCAACCCAAGAGGAUUUUCUGGACUUGUGAUCCAUUUACACUACCAUGAACCAUCAAACUUUGUUUUGAUCAGCUUUCUAGAGAAAGGAUUAUUUCAUAACUUGUGUCAGCCAAUGAAGCAGAAUGGUCCAAAAGUAUUUUCUGAAAAUGUAAUGGAAACAUUAGUACUAGUACUAGCAAAUCUUUUUGGAAGAAGAUAUCUGCCUUCCUGUGUGAAAAAAUACAAGAGAACUUUUUCUCAAUCAAAGGUUAUUUUAAAUGAUCUCCCCAAAGAAUUUGCUGCUGCAGCAGAAGAAUACAAUCACAAAAUUGAGAAUGAUUUUGGCUCUUUCCUCCUUAUUGUUUCUAAGCUGGCUGACAUGAAGAAAGAAUACCAGCUACCUCUGUCAGAAAUUGAUUUUUCAGGUGAAGAAUAUGGAGACUCUGAGCUAGUAUCCCAUUUGAUGCCUGGUACGGAGAACAGAACUGCAGUCUCACCAUUCCCUUGCCUGUCUGAAAUAACUGACCAAGAUUUAUUUAAUAUUGAUAUGGUGAAUGAUAUUGUGUUACGCACAAUUGAUGUGCAUGAUGAAAAUGCUCCUUAUUUUUGGUUGAAGAAAUGUGACAGAGAUGGAAGCAGACGUCAUCUGAAUGCUUAUGCACUUGAUUUCUAUAAGCAUGGUUCUAUGACAGCAUUGACACUGGAUAAUUGGUUAAAUAAGGGAGAUGCCUUUGCUCUUAUCAAGGAUUUUGGGCUUCUUAUCCAAGCCAUCAGGAUUUCAUUGGAGGAAUUAUGUGAUGAUGAACAAGAUGAUGUUGUAUUGGCAUUUGGACAACUUGGUGAAGCAUACUGCAAGAAAAUCUGGGGAAAAGGAGAAAGAACAAAGCCAUAG